AUGUCGAAGACUGUAACAGUCGCCUCGCAAUCAACCUUCCCGGAAACCCUGAAAAAGAAGUUACGCGACAAGACCACGCGCGACGCAGUCACGAGGAGCUUCGAGGACGCACUACGCAAAGACGUCAAGGGCGAAGCCCUCAAAGAGAUCCGGCAGCUCAACGCUCACGUUCGCGAAAUCGAUGGCGAUUUCCAGCGGAUAGGUUCAGAGCUGUAUAAGUUUGAUCAGGAGAAGUUCCUGGACGAGGACGGCAAGGUCCUGCGAUUACAACGCGAAUGGAAUAAACAUCACCAGCGGUUCAAGGAUAUCUUGGAGCAGAGCCGCCACAAUGCGUUGAAAGCUACCGCCGUGAUGAGACAGUAUAGGAAAGCCGUGUUGUCACACUUCAAGCUGGAUGAGAUACCCGACGAAGUGGACGCGGAACAGCGGGCCGCACUUAAGUCGCAGCACAGCUUCAAAAAGCUGGCAGAAGACCUCCGCCUCUUCGCUACGGUAAUCGAGGACGCGCUAGAACGGGCAGGUGCGCGCCUCAGUGUCGCGCUGCAAAACGCACGAACGCGUCUUGUACAGCUUGAGAAGAAGCUCGCAACCGUGACCACCAAAAUGCAUAGUAUGGGGGUCGCCUGUGUGGCCCAUCUCGCCGUCGGCGCCGCGUCCGUCGCGAUCACCAUCUUCACUUUGAGCCCCGCAGCCCUUGCAGCCGCCGUGGGUGCCGUCGUUGGCGCAGCGAACAGUGGGCGCGAAUACGUACGCGCAAGACGGGAAGCGACUGCGUUGAGAGCCGACAUACAGUCGUGCAACGAGGAGCUUGCGGAGCUAAUAGCAAAGGAAGAACUACUCAAUAAGUAUCAGCGCCCGCUGGGUAAAACGCAGAAGGAGAUCCGCACGCUGGGCAACAAGAUCGACGUCAUCGCGAACAUCUGGCAGUCGCUCAAGGCAGACAUGCAGAUGCUUCACGAGGAGCUAAAACUCGUGACGAAGGGGAAGGCGAUCACAAGCCGCUUCAGCGCAAAGUUGCAGGCCGCGCGGGAGCUGUACUUGGAUCUCGCCGAGCUCCUCGAGGCGUACGGGAAGAGUCUCUCCCCGGCUGAGCAGAAGCGUACGCCCAACCCGGACCGGACCCCGAAAAAAGGACGCUCCGGUGUGGCUGCCACGCAGAUGAAGGGCAAACAGCCCGUUAAGGACGACAAGGAGAUGAAGAAGCACAAUAAACCAGAGAAGAAGCCCGACGCGCAAGCGAAACCAGCUGGGAGCAAUAACAGCAAAGACCAAAAGACAGACGACAAGAAGGAUGACAAGCAGAAGAUCGUCAAGCAGGAGGAGCCGGAGAAGGGGCGGAAGGGGGACCGUCGCGAGGAUACUGACAAGGGCCGCAAGCCUCCGGGUCGUAGAAAAGAUGACGAGAACGGGAAGGCCAGCCGGCGUGAGACGAAGAAGGGAUAA